GACGUGGUUUUUCUGCCUUCACCCGGAAAGGCCGGCAUUCGCAGCGCGCGGAGCCGGCGUCCCGUUGGCGCGCUCUGGCCUGUCUUCGGGUCGUCGCUUCGGCCCCGAGGAGCCCUCGCUCGCUGUCUCUGGAGCGGCAGAGAGGAUGGUGCGGGGCAGCCCGGGGCCCGCCGCGCGCCGCCGCGAGUGAACGGGGCCAGGCCGCGGGCGUCCGCGGAGCCGCCGGUCUGUGGGGCGGUUGCUGCUGAUAGAAGCAUGUUCAGCAUUAACCCCCUGGAGAACCUGAAGGUGUACAUCAGCAGCCGGCCGCCGUUGGUGGUUUUUAUGAUCAGCGUCAGCGCCAUGGCCAUCGCCUUUCUCACCCUGGGCUAUUUCUUCAAGAUCAAGGAGAUUAAGUCCCCAGAAAUGGCUGAGGAUUGGAAUACUUUUCUGCUCCGGUUUAAUGAUUUGGACUUGUGUGUAUCAGAAAACGAGACACUGAAGCAUCUCUCUAACGAUACCACGGCCCCUGAGAGCACCAUGACCGUCGCGCAGGCCAGAUCGGCCACCCAGCCACCCCAGUCCCUGGAGGAGUCAGGCCCCAUCAAUAUUUCAGUGGCCAUUACCUUGACCUUGGACCCUCUCAAGCCCUUUGGAGGGUACUCUCGAAAUGUUACACACCUGUACUCCACCAUCCUCGGACAUCAGAUCGGAUUGUCAGGCAGGGAAGCCCAUGAGGAGAUCAACAUCACCUUCACACUGCCUGCUGCUUGGAACGCCGACGACUGUGCCCUCCAUGGCCACUGUGAGCAGGUGGUGUUCACAUCAUGCAUGACCCUCACAGCUGCCGCUGGAGUCUUCCCUGUCACCGUUCAGCCACCUCACUGUGUCCCCGACACAUACAGCAACGCCACACUCUGGUACAAGAUUUUCACAACUGCCAGAGAUGCCAACACGAAAUAUGCUCAAGACUACAAUCCGUUCUGGUGUUAUAAGGGCGCCAUUGGGAAAGUCUACCAUGCGCUAAAUCCCAAACUCACCGUCAUAGUUCCAGAUGACGACCGCUCAUUGAUAAACCUGCAUCUCAUGCACACCAGUUACUUCCUUUUCGUGAUGGUGAUAACGAUGUUCUGCUAUGCAGUUAUCAAAGGCAGACCCAGCAAACUGCGGCAGAGCAAUCCUGAAUUUUGCCCUGAGAAGGUGGCUUUGGCUGAUGCCUAAUCCCACAGCUCCCCAUUUUCUGAGAGACCAAGAACCAUGAUCAUUGCCUGCUGAAUCGGCCAGGGCCUGGCCACUCUGUGAAUACACGAUCUUGCAAUGUUGGGUUAUUCCAGCCAAAGACAUUUCAAGUGCCUGUAACUGAUUUGUACAUAUUUAUAAACAUUGAUCUGGAAAUUGGUCCUGUGAUGCACGUGCUUUGCCCUGGAUGCACCUGAACUCGUCCCCUCACUGAGGGGCAGGAGGGCACAGACAUGGGCUUCUCCAUGUGGUGCCAGGGGGAUGUGGGGAUCUUGCCAGAGCUGAGCCAGAGCUGAGCAAGUCGCGUUCCAGCGCCAGUGGGCCGAGGUUGGCUGCGGCUCUUGUUUCCGACUGGUGUGUUGAGUGUGGGAAGCUGUUUGCACCUUUGUCGGGACACUGCAUUUCAGAAGCCACUAUUCCCUCCGGUGGCUCUUACAUAUCUGUGGCUCAAUGACCAUAUAGUGACAGCAGUAAUUCCUCCUCAGUUUGCUUGCAAGGGAUUUACUGUUCUGCUAGUUAGGACAGGCAUGCUUGUCUCUCCUAGAUAAAAAGGUCGCACACCCAAGUCAUUUCUGUAGUGAAGAGCAGAGUUCCAUUUCUCCACCGGCAGCUGGUAACUGGAGCGCUCUGUUCCCGUGUGCUCCUGGGAGAGACGUUCCUGGCUUGAGAAGUAGCUGUGUAGUGGAGGCACAGGGCGGUGCCAGCCCACUAACUUCACAAGGCAGAGAGAUGGUGGGCUGCUCUAACGCUCACAGCUGGGACUUGUUCUUUUUUUUUUUUUUCUUUUUUUGAGAAAAAGAGAUACAUCUUCUUCAUCUUUUUCAUUUAUUUUUUUUGCAUUCAUUUUUGUAUAUCACACAUCUCCAGAAGGACAAUGACCAUUAUAGGUAUGGAAUGUGGAACCGAAACUGGGGAGAUCUGAAGGAAGGACGCAUGAGGCUCUUGAUGGCUUGCUAGUCAAAACCAGAAGCAUUUUCCUUAGGACAGUUGUGACCCUCUGGUUCCUCUGUCCCAUUGCCCUCUCGUAUUCCAUAUAGAAAAAUCAUUCAUGAUCCCUUCUGCCCGUUAUUUGUAUUUUCAAUGUUUUAGUAUCAACACCUUGCCUUAACAAUCCCCAUGCAGUGUUCUCUCGAGCAGUGUUCCAGACUUGUUGGGUGCGAGGAUGAAUGCAUGUAAGAGUAGCCGUCUGGAGGCUGAGGCAGGAGAAUCUCGAGUUCAAGGCCAGCCUGGGCCACACACUGACACCCUGUCUCUCAAAUGAAGAAAAACUACUUAGGUAUGUCAGCACUUUCGUCUCGUGACUGUAGUUUGUCUCAAUUGGAGUUAACUUGCUAUAUUCUGAAACUUACUGGCCUGGAGAAUUUUAUCCCAGGCAUUCUUAGAUGGAAAACAAUACUUUUGGGUUUUCUUCUAAAUUGAAGCUUGUUAAAAUAAUCACUGUAGUUACCUGAUGCACUAGUAUUGUUUAAAGCAGAGGUGAGUUGCUUCUAAGAUGGCUAAUGUGUGAAUUUAAUUUAGUCUUCUCUGAGACUUGGAGACCCGUGGCUUGGCUGGUAGAAAUGUGUCAUCAGGGCCAUCAAGCUUCAGAUCAAGCUGCUACUGAGUAACAAGACCCAGGAGAGUAAGACUCAAGAAUCACGUUCACUGGUCUGUCCAUCUCAGCUGUCCUUGUGUUAAUGACAGGCAGUGGCUGGGAUCUGUAGGGAGUGGCAAGGAAGAACAUCCCCAAAAUGUUUGGGAUGUGACCCAUCCUGAGGCCAGAUACAUACUUUAAAGCCCAAAUAUUCAUCAUAGCAGGUAGACAGAUGGAGGAUGGCUGGGGAAGGAGGUUGUGGGCUGAAGUUUAGGGGACUGCAGACACAUCUGGGCCUGGUUCUCAGCUGCUCCUUGCUGGUAAACCUCAGAAAUGGAAUGUCAGAGUGGGCCACUAGAGACCUCUGACCCCAGCAGCACUGGCUUGUCCUCAGACGUGGGGUGUAGUCAGAAGUCAGUGACUUCCUGGGAAAUGGUUGUUUCAGAUCAUAUUGAUCUCUUUCCUUUUGUCUUUCACCGUAUGGUAUGACUUGAAUCAGUUUUGAUUCUAUGUGUAAGUUCUCAUCGUUUGGAACCUGGUAUCUCUGUUGUGUUCUUGGCAGUGCAUAGGAACCCAGCCUCCUGUGUUUUGACCCUCCUGCAGGCACUGUGGGACUUGAGGGCAGCAGAUCCAUUUCCCGUCCCUUGCUGCAUGACGGUUCACUAGCUGAUCUGUGAUGGCGUCCCUCCCUCACUGAUUUUCUGUGUUUGAAGUAUGUGCAUAUGUGCUUUACACAAUAAAACAUCUGGAUUUA